AUGUUGCGGCAAGUCUUAAUUAUCAUCAACAGUUUAGCUGGCAUAUUUCAAUUACUACCAGUUGUUGAAUCAUUACGCUUCCGUCAAUUACGCCUAUUAAUUCAAUUAAUUGUCAUUCUUUUACUACUGUUUUAUGCAAAAACUAUUUUUGCUAUUGGUACUUGCACUGAACCUGAAAUGGCUUGCGGUGCGCAACUUCAUUCUUAUCCGUUGUUAAGACUAGAUGAAACAUCCGGAACGAAUUUCGAAUCAAAUAUGAAUGAUUUUCCACUAUAUGAUGAAUUUUUUACACCCACACAUGUAUUCAAUUUUUCAAAAACGGCUAAUAUAACCGGUGAAAGAAUUUGUGAAUGUUCAAAUGAUACAAUAUGCCGUUUAGAAGAAGAAAAUAUUAUUAAACUGGAUGAAAUGAUUACGUUGAUAUUUUGUGAUCGAGUGGAUAAUAUAUUUAGACAUUCCUGUCACGGAACACGAAGUUUAAUCCGUGUUAUCGGACGGAUUCAUGAAUCCGGUGAAGCUCUAACAACUAUAGUUCAGACAUUUCUAUUCUGUAAAUGUGAACGAGGUUAUCGACGAAUUCGUGUAGAAGCAUGGUUAAAUCAUUUAUAUGCAUUUAUUUAUCGAUGUUUAUAG